AGGUGGCUGUCAUCAUCACCCUCCUCAUCAUCAUUAUUGUGCAGACGUCCCAGGAAGCGCGCGGCUGGCUGCGUUGGAUGCAUGCGCGCACACAGCCAGGAGCAGCGGGAAAGGAGCAAACCCGAACGCAGAGUGACUUCUAAAGUGGCACCCAGGGCGCGCUUGCGCGUGGAUGUGCGCGCACAAUCUGCUCCAAACAUCGGACAAGGUUAAGGAGAGAGAAGGAGCCGGAGCAGCAGCCUGUCAGGGUUUUCUGGGGGUCUCAGAGAUUUCUGCUGCGCUGCUCCUGCUGUCAUGGAGCCUCAGAGACGCGCCGCUUCCCUGCUGCUCGGAGUUUCUCUGUGCGCGGCUUUCUGCUGUCAAGAAUGCCAUGGUGGUGUGUACCAGAGGAAGCUGUAUCGCGACCUGAUGGUGAACUACAAUCGGCUGGAGAGACCAGUCCAGAAUGACUCUGCACCCAUUGUGGUGGAACUCGGGAUCACGUUGCUGCAGAUCAUUGAUGUGGAUGAAAAGAACCAAGUGUUGAUCACCAACGCAUGGCUGCAGAUGUACUGGACAGACAUCUACCUGUCAUGGAGCCCAGAGAGCUACCCAGGUGUUCAGAACCUCCGUUUCCCUUCCAACAUGGUUUGGGUUCCAGAUAUCCUCCUCUAUAACAGUGCAGAUGAAAGGUUCGAUGCCACAUUCCACACAAAUGUGUUGGUCAAUUCCUCCGGAUACUGCCAGUACCUGCCACCAGGUAUCCUGAAGAGUACCUGCUACAUUGAUGUCCGGUGGUUCCCGUUUGAUGUACAGAAGUGUGACCUGAAGUUUGGCUCCUGGACCCACAACGGUUGGCUGCUGGACCUCCAGAUGAUGGACGCUGACAUCUCCACCUACAUUCCAAAUGGAGAAUGGGACCUUGUAGGAGUGCCGGCAAAGCGUAACGAGCUGUACUACGACUGCUGUAAGGAGCCCUACCCUGAUGUGACGUACACUGUGACGAUGCGCCGCAGGACGCUCUACUACGGCCUCAACCUUCUCAUACCCUGCGUGCUCAUCUCCGGCCUGGCCCUGCUGGUCUUCCUGCUCCCCGCCGACUCCGGAGAGAAGAUUUCUCUGGGCAUUACAGUCCUGCUGUCUCUGACGGUGUUCAUGCUGCUUGUAGCGGAGAUCAUGCCUGCCACUUCGGACUCGGUCCCUCUGAUUGCUCAGUACUUUGCCAGCACCAUGAUGAUUGUUGGCUUGUCUGUGGUGGUAACAGUCCUGGUUCUUCAGUUCCACCACCACGACCCACGAGGAGGAAAGAUGCCUAAGUGGGUCAGAGUUGUUUUACUGAACUGGUGUGCCUGGUUCCUCCAUAUGAAGAAACCUGGGGAAGAUAGAAAAACAGCUGUGAGCUCCCAGACCUACAAAUACUGCAGCUCUCCUCAUCACACCAGCUCCAGCAGCAUUCAGAUGAGCACCAUACCGGGACAGCCAUCCACCCAAGCGACCUCAACCAAUGGAAACAUGAACCUGUACUUUGGCUACCACUCCAUGGGCACGGAAAACCCGGCCUUUCCCCUGGGCUCCAACUCCAGUGUGAUGGUGUGCGGGGGUGGCGACGGAGGAAACCACCUCAACGGCUCUUCCCAGCUCGAUCUCGACCAGACGAGGACUUUGCUGCUGGAGCAGGUUCCAGAAAUUACGCAGAUUCUGGCAGAGGUGCAAUACAUCGCCAGGCGCUUCAGGGAGCAGGACGAGGGCGAGGAAAUCUGCAGCGAAUGGAAAUUUGCGGCAGCCGUUGUGGAUCGGUUGUGUCUGGUGGCCUUCUCCCUUUUUUCCAUCAUUUGCACCUUCGCCAUUCUCAUGUCAGCUCCGAAUUUUAUUGAGGCAGUGUCUAAAGACUUCACAUAAAGCUGAGCAAGCUCCUCUAGCAUGGUUGGGACUGUAUAUGGAUCCUAUCCUACAAGGUUCCAUUAGCUUGAGUUACUUUAAAAUGCAUAAAUAUCCAACCUUUUCUGCUCUGACUUUAUAUAUUUGUGCAUAUUUGCCAACAUUGACAGUAGAGAAAAUGAGUAUUUGAUACUGAUUUUGUAGAUUUGCCUACCUAAAAAGAAAUUGACAGUCUGUCAUAUUAAUGGUGGGUUUGUUUGAACAAUGAGAGACAGAAAAUUGCAAAAUAAUAAUCAAGAAAUCCCCUUUGAAAAAAUGAAUGCAAAUUCUUUUGCAUUUAUUUCAUUGAUGGAAAUAAAGUUUUCGAACCCCUACUAACCAUCAAGAGUUCUGGUUCACACAGACUCUGUUAGAUUCUCUUAAUGAACCUGUUUAAAGUGAUCACCUGUAGAAAAGACACCUGUCCACAGAAUCAGUCCAUCAGUCAGACUCUAAACUCUGCAACAUGGACAGACUAAAGAGCUUUCAGUGGAUUUAAGGGAGAACUACUGGACUGGACUACAAACCCCUCAGCAACUGUUGGUGCAACAUCACCAUCAACCCACCUGGAGGUCUGGGUCUCCAAACCAGAUCUGACCUGGUGGGGUUUCUGUGAUCAUGAGAACAGAGAAAUCAGGAGUUAGUUGAAGAUCUCAAAGCAGCUGGAACCACUGCCACCACUAACACAUGCGCUUCCGUUCCAUCCACAGAAGCUCAUUUCACACACACACACACACGCACACACACACACCCCCGGCCAUCUCACCGGCAACACAGGAUCAUCAUUACAUCGUUUUCAAGUCACCGUUUUUCUAAAUCAGCCGUUCAGGAAGCCUGACUUAGGAAAGUGUCAGUAUUUAUAUAGUAACAGUGCUGGACCUGGAUUUCCUUGUGAUCCCAUGGGGGGAAAAGCUCACGGGUGGAUGGCUGCCCCGAAAAAAGCGUAGAGAUUUUCACCUAAACCCAAUUUUGUUUUUUCAAAUCUAAUAAAUACAAACAGAUGACAGAUCAAGCAGCUAUUGUUGUCACCCCCCCACGUGCCACUGUCUUUCCCUCUGCGGGCCCCAGGUUGCCGCCCCCUGGUUUUACAGUUUGAACUCCUUCAUGAUUUAGAGAAGGAGCUGUGGUCAGAUGAGACAUGGAGCUCUUUGGCGUCAACGCAACCCGUCAUGUUUGGAGAAAGAGGAAUGCUGCCAAUGACCCAAGAACCCCGUCCCCACUGUCAAGCAUGGAGGUGGAAGCAUUUUGGUUUGGGGGGGGGGGUUCACAGUGCUACUUUUUCUGUGUGGAUGGAGGAUGUGGAUGGACCGUCAAAUCCUGAUUGAGAACGUCCUUCCCUCCACCAGGAGGAUUAAAUGGGGGGGUGGAUGGGUCCCCCAACAGGAUCAUGACCCAAAACAUACAAAACGACCAAGAAACGAAAACGAAGCAGCAGAUCAGGGUCAUGGAGCGGUCCAGUCGGUCUCUGGACCUCAACCUAUAGAGAGCUGAAGCUCUGGGUUGCUAAGCAACAGCCACCAAAUCUGAAUGAUUUAGAAAUCAUCUGUGAAGAAGAGUGGAGCGGAAUUCCUCCUGAUCUGUGCAGAAACCUGAUCAUCAACGACCAGAAACCUCUGACCUGCUGCUGCUGCUGCUGAUGAUGAUGAGGAUGAUGAUGAGGGUUUGCCACAAAGUACCAAGUUUUCUUGGCAAGAAGGUUCAAAUACAUAUUUCCCUCAAUGGAAUCCAAAUAAAUCUUUCUUUCUCUCGCUGUUUAAAUGAACCUACCAUGAAGAUGACAGACUGACAGUUUUCUUUCUUUUUUUUAAACAUGGGCAAUCCUACUAAACCAGCAAGGAUCCAAUACUUAUUUCCUCUAUUGUUGGUUGAGCUCAAGGUAAUUUUUUUGUUAUUCUUUAAAGAUGGUUUUCCAGGCUUCCACCACAUAAACAGCAGGCCGCACUCAAAAAAAGGGAAAUGAAUCUCAAAACUACCACAUGUAGAAACAAAUGAUGGGAUUUUGUAAGUGUGUACAUUUGUCUGCAUUUUAUUCAGCUGAGACAAUAGGAUAAAAAAAGCACAUCAAUUCUCCGUAAACAAUGAAUAUUUACUCUCCAUGAAAAAAAGUCAUUCCACAAAAAUGUAUUAAUAAUAAAUAGUAACAUUUUUCCAAACUGAUAGUUUUGAGCUCUGUAAGUUCUAAGCAUCCAGGAAAGGAAAGUCUUUAUAACUCAGCUUAGCGUGCCUCUGAAACCACGACCCCGAGGGCAGCAAAGUGUUGAGAGUGCAGCCAAACAUGAGUGACUGGGGCAGAAGAGAGGUCAGUUGUGAUUUUCCUGUCUCUGAACAGGCGUUGAGAGGAGUAGAGGUCCUCCAGAGAGGCCAAAAGCAAUCGAUGAUUUUCUGCUGCUCAGUGUGUCGGGACAGUAGGCUUAUGAAAUCGUUGCUGAUUUCAAUGAGCUUUACAUCAAAAACUCUAUGGUCAAGUAUAAAAAAUGAAAUUUCAAAGAGUGUUUUAAUCAGUAAUAAAAUCCUUUUUGGAAAAAAAUCAGAAAAUCAAUCAAUAAAAUACAAAAAAUCCUGUUUUGCCUAGUUUUUUAAUUAUUCGUUUUACUACAAUUUGGAUAAAAUUUGAAUUUUAUUUAGUGGCUGUUAAACGGAAAAUCUGUUUGAAGUCAACGUAUUGUCAUCAAAGAAUCAUCCUUAAACUUGAACUUUUAUAAAGUAAUGUCUAACUUUAGAAAGCUCUGAAGCAAGUCCAAAAGGUGCCUUCAGGCUGUUCUGUUUGGCUUCGUCUCUUUCAGAGAGCUUUGCUAACGCCUUCGUACUCAUGAUGAUCAUUCACAAAGCAUAGGAUCCUAUGAAGAAAAUGUCACGUAAAGGAUUUAGUUGCAAAAUCUUUGUGGGAUUUAGAUCAAAAUUUAGAAAGUUUAUGCUAAAAGCCAUGUCACACAGCCACUACGUGUCACAGAACCGGCAGACGGCUGCAGGUUUUCUUAGCUCAGCUAAAAGUCCACAAAGCUGAAUCAGGGUCAGGCAGGCAGGGGUCGAUAAUGAGCAUGGGAGCAUCAGAGAGGAAACAAGAGUAGUUAGGAUCCAGGAGAGAUUCAGGGCAGGCGGCGGGCAAACAGAAACAGGGUCAGGAAAUCAGAAGAUCAGAUCCAGAUAUAACAGUCGCUAAUGCAGGCAGAGCGGCACAACCAAUACUUCACCCUGUGUGAGGCUCAGUGCAGUGCUUAAGUAGACUGUAAGUGUUAGCACAUGAGAGACGGCACAUGUGGCAUCCAGGAAUUUUGCGCUGGGGUUGCUGGGAAACGAAGGGUGUUUAGAACUCUAGAGAUGGUUCCCACCAAUGACCAGAGGGGGAGACAGAGCUCUGACUUCUGACAGUUCAUAAAUUUUGUGCAUAUUGCACGUAUGAAAUUUCAAACUUUUUUGAUAUUUGCUUCUGGUUGAAGAUUGGCGCCAGUGUUCGGCGGCAGAGCGGCCAUCAGUGUGUAAAAAAGCGUGAAUGGGACGGUGACUGUAAAGAGCUUUGGGCCUUCGAGAAAGGUAGAAAAAGCACUGCACAGGUUUCUGCCAUUCAUGCCAUUUUACAUGGGUGACAUACUUAAUUCAUAAGUGUUCGUCAUUGGUUGAUGUGCUCAGAUGUCUGUUGACGGUUUCAGCUGACGGGUCAGUUUUGAGCUGUUGAACAUUUUUGGUCGGUUGAGAAUUACGCAGUUUUUGCGUAUUUUACGUGGUUUAAUCACAAUUAGUACAUAAAUUGUACGCAAUUGUUAGUGAUUUUUGCGAGAUGCAUGGGCAAAUGUUUGUCUUUCCACGACCGUUCCACAGACGUCUAACAGAGUUUUGCGCAUGAACCACACAUGUAUAACUUUUAUACCACGUAUACGGCGCACAUAUCACAUUACAAUGACAAAUCACUAAUGAAUUGCAUAUAAACAGCACAAUAAUCGCACGGUUCAUGUUGUACGUUGAUUUAAGUGUUCUUUGCGGGGUUUAUUCGUACUUCUUUCAUGACUUAAAUCCGGUUCAUUUCUGAUACACCUGUGAAAAUUUCCCAUUAAGACCACAACUUUUCUCCAUUUUUCCACAUGUAUUCACCUACGACCAAUUUUUCUCCGUUCAGUAUGUACAGAAUGUAUGUUGUGGCUGUCUGACAUGGCAAGACAGAAAGACAGAAAAAGGACCCUUUAAUGUGUCUUUAGACCAUAAUCUUUAAAACAAACGUGAAAAGAAAAAACACGUUAGCCCCUUAAUCUCAGCAACAGGGAUUGCGGAAUGAGUUUAUGCAACGGCUUUGGGAUAGCUUUCACAUCUCCAGCUCGUCAUCCUCGUUGAGCUAAACUUUAGGUUUGAGGCACAAAUUAAUAAAUAUUGAGACCUUCUUCCCUGUUAGAUUCGACAAUCACCGAGGUUGGGGUUCAAGGAAAAGGGGACCGAAUUCAAUGUAACAACAUGUUGGAGGAAUUAACCCUGACAUGAAAUUUAUGAACUCACUUUUAAGAUGUGGGUUCAAGGACAGGGGGGAAGUUAGCAGCCUGUUCAUGAUGUCGUGUCUCUCUUUAUUAAACACAGAAAAAGCUGGUACAGCGGUCUUUUGAAACAAUAACAUCGCAUUGAUGACAUUACUGUGUGAUCAUUGCUGUUCAAUGUGGUUUAGCCCCUUACAGACGUUCUCACAACAGUUUUAUUUAGUCUUUCUACCACUUUUAGUUGUAUUUUAGCCACUAAGAUGUUAACUUUAAUACAAUUUAGUUGUUUCCUCUACUAUAUUUGGUGUUUAGAAUGAAGUGGAGAGACUGAGGCAACUGUUAGCAUGGCUGACAGGGUUUAUGCAGGUCCAGCUGACAGAAGCAUGAGCUGCUGUUUGACGUCAUGAAAACCUUGAUCCCUCAUUUCUCUACACAGACAAACGCAGAAAGAACUAGUUGCUUUUCUGUGAUUGCUGUGUGACUCAAAGCAGUCAACCGUAUAGAUUUUGUGUGAGUUGAUCUGGUGUUGCUCUGAUGCCUUAGGGUGUUUUCUCUGCAAAGAGCCUUUAAUGACCCUGAAAGUUCAGUUGGAAUGAUGGAAAUCCUCUUGAUGGACUGGGGACUGGGGACUGUUUUCUGAAGAUCAAAUCCUCAAACCACAGACAGAAAAACCUCUGAUGAUGGAUUCAGAAUCAUUUCUAUGAGACGGUUUGAUUGAGUUGAUUGUCGUUUUUUUAUAUUGUCAGUAAUAUAUUACUGUCAAAUUUCUUCCUCUGUGCUUUCCGUCUUUUUUGCCCAAUAUGAAUCAAACUUGUACAAAAUAAUUUUACUGUAUGUGACUACUUUAAGAGAAAUUAAAGCAAAUGUCAUCAAGUUA